UCUUUGAGCCUGGCGCGACUGCUGUACGGGCCCCUCAGAGAUUCCCCAGAAGCAGGGGAAGGGGAGGUGGACAGAGGGGGACACCAGGGGCAGUCUCCCAGGGUCUGUUUGGCUGUGAAACCUCCCUGCUUCGGCUACCCAUGAUAGAAACCUCAGUCGCCGGAAUAGACUCGGGACCUUCCCUCGUCCACAACCAGCACCAUGGAGACUGGUUGCACAGGCCGCCCGGCCGGUCAUGGCUGCUUCUGUCCAAACUACGCGUCCCAAAGGCGCCCUGGGGGCGCACGCCAGUUGCCAGUUGGGGAACGCGUUGACUUUGAGAUUCUGACAUCGGAGAGACCAAUUGUAGUUCUGAGGCCUGCUGGCCUGGCCGGGCCCUGAGAAUUGGCUAUGGCAUGGAAGGCGGCUCUUGGAGAGGGCCUGUGCCUGGCAGAGGCCACACCUGUGUGCUUUGGGUUCGUGGCUGAAUGGAGAUGGACCUUCGGGGUCCUGCCACACACCUGCAGGCCCAGCUCCAGGCUGGUCGAAAUGGAGGGGCUCAAAGGGCAGCCCAGGGCAAGGGCAAACUGUGCGACCCUACUGCCAGCCUACCCUUUGAAGAGAAGAUGAAAGGCUACGUGUGCUGCCUGGUCAUUCAAAUUGUCAAUUUUAAGUCCAGAAGUGUCCAAACCACAAGUUCUCAAAACUCUCUGAAAAAUGGCUCCCUCCAAGUUAAGAGUGCCUGGACACUGGAAAAAGGGAUUCCCUGAGCACCUGGAAUUGGAGAUCAUUCCUGGUUCAGAUUUAAGCAUCUUUGGAGGUCUGCACGCGGCGGCCAUUGGCGGCGGAGUGUCACGUGACCGCGGGGGCGUGCCAAUGUGCUCCCUUACGGGUGUCAAGCCCCUGUCAGAGUGUGCGAUCACGAUCGUGAAACAUCGCGAUGCAAAAAGCGACCUACUACGACAGCUCGGCGAUCUACGGUGGCUACCCCUACCAAGCAGCCAAUGGCCCCUGCAGCUCCCCCGCCUCCCUCUUCUGUCUCCCCUCCUCUGAGUGCCAGCAGCAACCCUGCCCCCGCCAGCACAGCCAAGAGCCCCCUGCUCAACUCUCCCACAGUGGGCAAACAAAUUUUUCCCUGGAUGAAGGAGUCGAGACAGAACACUAAACAGAAAACCAGCGGCUCCAGCUCAGGGGAGAGCUGCGCUGGUGACAAGAGCCCGCCUGGGCAAGCUUCCUCCAAGCGCGCGCGCACCGCAUACACGAGCGCGCAGCUGGUUGAGCUGGAGAAGGAGUUUCACUUCAACCGCUACCUUUGCCGGCCACGCCGAGUGGAAAUGGCCAACCUGCUGAACCUCACAGAGCGCCAGAUCAAGAUCUGGUUCCAGAACCGCCGAAUGAAGUACAAGAAGGACCAGAAGGGCAAGGGCAUGCUGACCUCGUCUGGGGGCCAGUCCCCAAGUCGCAGUCCCGUGCCUCCCGGUGCAGGAGGCUAUCUGAACUCUAUGCAUUCGCUGGUCAACAGUGUCCCUUAUGAGCCCCAGUCACCCCCUCCCUUCUCCAAGCCCCCCCAAGGCGCCUACGGGCUGCCUCCCGCCUCCUACCCUGCUCCUUUGCCCAACUGCGCUCCCCCUCCUCCCCCCCAGAAGCGCUACGCAGCAGCGGCGGGGGCAGGCGCAGGGGGCACCCCUGACUACGACCCGCACGCUCACAGCUUGCAGGGCAACGGCAGCUAUGGGACCCCACACUUACAGGGAAGCCCCGUCUUCGUGGGGGGCAGCUAUGUGGAACCCAUGAGCAACUCCGGGCCAACACUCUUUGGCCUAACUCACCUCCCCCACACCACUUCGGCUGCCAUGGACUACGGGGGCACAGGGCCGCUGGGCAGCGGUCACCACCAUGGGCCGGGGCCUGGGGAGCCGCAUCCCACCUACACGGACCUUACUGCCCACCAUCCUUCUCAGGGAAGAAUUCAGGAAGCGCCCAAGCUCACCCACCUGUGAUGAUGGGCUCUGGCUGCGAGCCAGGAGAGUUGCCCCCCCCUUCUUCGGUUCUUUUUCCUUUAAAUUUUUUUUUAUUGUUUUAUGUUCUUCCUGCCUCUCCCUUUUCUCUUCUGUACCCCUCCCUCAUUUUGUUUUCUUUGGUAAUGCGUUUUUAUGGUUUAUGUGACGUAGCAAUCUUGGUUGCUGGAAAGGCUGUCAGUAUCAGUAGUGACAUUUACAUCCCUCCCACUCCCACGCUGCCACGGCCUCUGGCCCAGCACCCUUACCUUCUUUACUCUUCGAUAAGAAACAGGGUAUAUGGACAAACUUUCUAGUUGAGUUUUCAAUGUGAAUUUGUUUGUACGUUAUGGCUCCCGAGAGGAAGCGAUUUUUUUUUUAAGUUUUAGUUUUUAAAAUUGCACUUCUUGUAAUGAGCGAGAAAAAGAAAUCAAAGGCGCUUUGAAACGGGGACUCCCUGUGCAAAGAUGACUAAGUGUACGUCUUUCCGUGUGUGUAUGCUUGUGAACAGUCAGAUUUAUUUAUAUUUUUUGCAAGCAUUGAAUAGUCUAAGUUUUAAAUAUUAUUUAUCCCCAUCCGUUCGUAUUUAUAUUAAAGAAAUUCUGUACCCUGAUUGUUCAGAAGGUUUCUUGAGCCUUUUGUUCAAUGGUGUAUUGGCAUACAUAUAAAAUUUAUUUGAAAGGGAAAUAAAAUUCCUUUAUAAAAACCGUAGCGAUGCAAUAAGAACAGAGAAGACCCAGCGUUUGAAAACAAUGGUUUAGGUUUGUAACAGCAGGCAAAACUGAACGCUAAAAAUGCUAGAUUUGUUUUGAGAGUUUUACAUUCCUUGCUGCUCACAUUCUGAGAAACAAAACAAAAAUAAAAAAUAAAGUUUUUAUUCUGAUUAA